AAACAGUUCCCGGCUCACCAUGUCGCAGAAAAUAACUUUGCAGGCUGCCUGCAGGCUGCGUGUUUGAGACCCCUGGUCUUGACUGAGGGAAGUUUCUGUAGCAGCUCAGCCCUUUGCAGUCACCGGAGAACCCACCUUGAGGAGAGACCCUACAGAUGCAACGAGUGCAGGAAAAGCUUUAAUCAAAGCCCCAACCUUAUUCAGCAUCAGAGAAUCCACACAGGAGAGAGACCCUAUAACUGCCCCGACUGCGGGAACAGCUUCAGUCAGAAAUCAGCCCUUGUUCAGCAUCAGCGACCUCACACAAAGAGACGCUCCUCCCCUUCUGUCCCCCCAGGGACUCUCACCCUCCGGCUGCUCAAAACCACCAUCUACCACAAUGCCAAUUCUACAAACAUGGAGGGGAUGGCCUUGCUCGGGGACCUGGGGACCCACUCCAUGGAUUGCAGCACCUGCAAGAUCCGCUUCCUGCAGCCCUGGGCCCACCAGGGCCUCACUCCAAAGCAGUGGCAGGGCUUGGAGACAGUGCUCCAUAACUAUGUGUCCAAAUUCAUCCUUCUUAUGAACAAAGUGGUUAAGGAUGAAGACGAGCACUACCCCUUUGUCCUUCAGGCCUCCAUCGGCUGCGAGCUCCACCCCAAUGGCACCUCACGGCAGUUCUGUGAUGCCGCGGUGAACGGGGAGGAUUUCAUCAGCUUCAGCGUGGAUGAGGGCACCUGGGUUGCUCAGCGCGGGGAUAAGCUGGCCCUCAGCAUCCGAGACCUUUUAAACCAGGAUAAGAGCGCGGCUGCCGUGGCUCAGUUUCUCCUGAGAACAAUGUGUAUCAAUGAACUCAAGAGCUUUGUCCAGUACGGGAAAGAGUCUCUGGAGAGACAAGAGAAGCCGGUCGCUGUGGUGUUUGCCCGAGCACCUUCCCCAUCCGGGACCCCAGCAGUGGUACUGCUGGUUUGCCGGGUCACCAGUUUCUACCCCCGUCCUGUCCGUGUGGCCUGGCUGCAGGACGGGGAGGAGGUGGCAGCGGGCUGGAGGUUGAACUCCAGCGGGAUCCUGCCCAACGCGGACCUGACCUACCAGCUGCGCAGCUCCCUGGCUGUGGGGCCAGGUGACGGGCACAGCUACGCCUGCCGGGUGCAGCACAGCAGUCUAGGGGGCCAGAGCCUGCUGCUCCCCUGGGGGCAGGGUCCGGGCAGUGAGAGUGGGGAGAGGGAGGCAGAGCAGGUGUAG